GUGUCCGUGUUCCGCGAUCAGUUGUUUCGCCGCGCGCGCACCGAGCUGUCACGUUGCGCGUCGUCGUCGUCGGCGCUUCUCAUCACGUCGCGUUCCUUCCGUGUAUCUUUCCUUCCAAGUUCGUCGUGUGUUGACGAACGCGCGCGGAAGUCCUGGUCUACCGGGGCUACCGUCGCAACGAGGGAGGGGGAACGAGAAGUCGAAAUCGCGUCUCUUCGUGGUACCCAGUGUGAUAAUCGGCAUCGCGCUCACCGCGCGACUCUACGGAAAAGUUUGCCGUUCGUUCGCGAUAAUCGCGAGCGACCCGUUGAUAAAGUGUGACGUUUGCCGAGGAGCGGGAAGAUAAAGCACAUCCGUCGGUUUUCCCGCCAUUCCGGAUUUCUGUUGUUGUUGUUUCCCCCCCCCCCCCCCUCUCCCCGCCCGGAGCGAUCGGUCCGACUCGAUCGCCACGGGAAUUCGAGGGGAGUGACGUACACGGUGUGUUCGUUUGAUGGUGCGGGGGACCGUUUCGCCGAUCUCGGGGUGCCGUCGCGCUUUCGACGCGCUCGAAAGUCGCGCGAGUCGCAAGAGACUCUCCCACGGCUCGAUUUAUCGCCACACCGCCGUAAACAGGUGACACAAUUAAUAAAACUCCGGACGGGUCGCGCGAUUGGUUGGAAACCGCGCGCGUUUCUCUCCUCUUCCUCGUCACGUGCGAGAGCAAGCUUUCUCUCUCUCUCUCUCUCUCUCCCUUUCUCGAACGGAACGAUGGGAGAUCGAAGCGGCCGCCGCCGGCGAGUCGUCGUCGUCGUCGUCGGUCUCGUGUCGGAAAUUAUCACCGAUCGUCGACGAGGUUAAGUCGCCUUCGAACGGGGACUCGAGUGGCACGCGAGCUGUGGUGUAACGACUCUCUCUCUCUCUCGCUCUCUCUCAACGAAUGGCUCGCAGACAUCGUCGCGCGACGUGUGUUGCUGCUCUCGGCGAUAAUAGCUCGCGAAUCGGCGCUCGCGUCGUCCUUCCCGACGGCGCGCCGGGGACGCGCGGGGUCGCGAAUUGAAAGGAAGAAAGAAGAGAAGGAAAAAAAAAGUAGCGGGCGAUCGACACAAGGAGGGACGGAGUGCCGAAGCAGACGAUAACGAGGCGUCAGUGGAAAGGAGGUCCCAGGCCGGCGCUACUUCAUCCUCCCCCUCCCCCGCGCGCCGAGAGACUCUUGUCGGCCGACGAGACGAUUAGCGACGAUCGGCAGCCGAGGGAUUUUGGGUGCCUUUCGCCGGGCCGCGUCGCGAAGAGGAGAGGAAAGAAAAAAGGAGACCAGCUCGGCACGCCGACAAAAAACGCCGCGGCUUAAUUGCACCGGAAGCCGGCGAGGAAGAAAACGAACGCGCGGAAUCUCGGGGAGUGUACGCCGGGUGUAAUUUUCCAUCGAUCGGCGAUAAACGAGACGGCGCGAGUGCGAAACGUCGAUAUGACCGGCGCGGACGCGAAUUGACGCUGACAAGAAAGUGAGAGGAAGCGAAAAUGAUGAUGCCGCCACCGCAGGUCGUGGGUGUGGUGCGGAAGCAACCGGGUCAGCAGACUCACCCACGAAUCUCCCCCCUGGAUCCGGAGACCAAGAUUAAAGGCGAGCUGUACGUGGAAGACCUGGGCGAGAGGAGAACGGUUUCCAUCAGGAUGGGCUGGCUGUGGGUCGAGGGAACCCCGAUGAGGUUGGCGUUGCGAGCGUUGAAUCUUCUUCCAGCACCACCCAAUUCCUGCCAGCCGUUCGCUCUGGGUUUCACCUUGAGCGACUCGCAGGGUCAUUCGCUCGCGACCUUUUGGGCGGAUACGGAGCCGAUCUAUUGGUCUUGGACCAAAGCGAUCGCGACCGAACUAGUCCUACAAACGCCAUUUCGCUCUCAACGAUACUUCAACUUUCUGGAGAUAUUCACCAUUUCUCCGAGAAAUUCGGACAGCCCGGCAACGAGGAGGCGAUCUCGUAGCGAAUUACGUUGCUGGCCAAGCGACUCGCCGAUCGAGAAGACGACGAUAUGCACGACGACUAUCCUCGACGAAUCCAGGAGGAGAGCGAGGAGCGAGUUGCGCGGUUGGUCCAGCAGCAACUCGAGCGACGAAGACCUCUUGGGAGAAUAUCGAAGCGUACCCACUGUGAUAACAAGUAACAAGGACCAACCGGUCAGCAGAGCAUGGGGUUGCAGCGAAAGCAGCGAGGGUAGUGACGACAGUCUCCCUUGGGGUGGCGUAUGCCGGUCGAGCGUUGAUACAGUGGACUCCCGCAGCGUUCCCUUACCGGAACCAGAAACGAGGGAACAGAGGAUACAGAGGUACAAAGAGGCACGCAGACGCGAGAACGAAGCGAGAAGUCGACGAUUUCUUGAGGAGGACGCGAGGCGAAGAGCAAGAGCUGAGGAGAACAACAAUAACUUGCCGAAGAUCUACAGCAGAAUCAGGAGCAGGAUUUGUUCCACCAACGACAACGACGACGCUCGUCCGAUCCGCUCACCUAAGAAGGACCUUCUCACAUCGAUCGACACGCGAAAGCCAAACGAGAACUCGAUCAUCGAUCGGUUACCACCACUCAAGCCGAACGAGUCCUCUACAGUGAGGUUUAUCGAUGAAAAUGAUCGUAAUGAGGACGACAAACGAAACAACAACAGUCCCAGAAGUGAAAACAGCACUCCCGGGAUACUUAGGAUGGACCUCAACGAGAGAAGAAGUAGAGCUAGAGAGAGGAGAAUCUUUCGUGACAAGGGACAACCCGCUCUACAGAUGACACAGCAAUUGACCAGUACCACCGCUAUUGCCAACGUGGAAACUCUUCGGGAACGAAAGGAGCGCUUAGCUCUCUUGUCUUCCAGGAUUCCCCUUCCUCGUCAGUCUCCGUUGCAGCCUUGCCCAAGAUCCGUAGACUGCCCGGCGAUUGCAUCUCCAAGCUCUCCGACAAUCUUAAUAGUGUCACCUUGCGAGGAAGAUGUUGUUAAGCUUCUGGAGCGAUGUCAGAGGGUAGACCGCUACGUUCCGGUACGGGAAAAGCUGACUUUGUUCGAAUCCCUUUCGAGAUUAGGCGGUCGUCUGGCCAGGAGCACGGAAGAUCUUGGCCGAACAUCAUCCAAGCCCAGUCCCAGGGGCAAACAACGCGCCCGAUCUCUUCACGAUCUUAACCGAGGCACCAAAGCUCUGCCCGUGAGAGAGAUGUGCCGAUUCUUCGAGGGCGAUCUAGAGCAGGACGCGUGUCAGAAAACGAUGAAUCUUGUGAAAACAAGAUUUAGCGAGCCGGCGAAGAACACGUGGAAAGACUCGAGUUCAAAACACGAUGCACCGUGCAUCAGCGCUUCCGCUCGAAAGAAACAUUAUCUGAAGUGAACGCAACUAAUGAAUCGUUCUCGCAGAAUAUUUAAGAACUUAAGAAUAAAUAUCCUCGAGUUCACGACCGUCUCAUUGAAAAUGAAGUAGCGGAUUCAAAGUAACGAAGUAAUUUACACUUCGUUAUUCUUAUAUCUUCCUCUCAGCGCAUAAUUUUUCAUAAAUUGUAUACAAGCUUUUACAACUGAAGCGUAAAGCUAUUGUAAAAAGUAUUUUUCAAUCGAAAAAAUGCAAAAACUUCUCAAAAUCUAUUACACAAGUCUCCACAAUUUUUUUGCGAUUUGAGAAAAAAAAAUAUUUUUCCGCAGUUUCUAUAUUAAAUCAAAAAUCCGUAAAGAGAAAUACUCUAUCACGUCAGUUUAUGAAAAAAAUGCUGUUGAAAUAUUCUAAAAACACGUUUUUCCUUUUUUUGAAAAAAUGUAACUGACAUCCGAUGUAAGAGAUUUUGGAAAAAGUUCAAAUUAAUGCUUGAACAUUGUUUAAUUUUUUUAUCGCCUGCGCCAUCAAAUCUCUUGCGUACUUUGUUUUUAGAGAUAGGUGCCGUCGCACAGUUAAGUAGAACGAUUGCCCCAUACAGUCCCAUACAAAAUUAUUGUAAAUAAAAAUUGUAAGUAAAAAUUUCAGUAUGUUUGAUAUAUAAGAAUAAAAGAUUAUCUUUCGUAAAAAAUUAUUUAUUUAAAUUACGAAGCUAAUUUUUUUUAGAAAUCGUUAUUUUUCAAAAAUUGUUUAAACAAUGAUUGUAUGAACAAAUGAAAAAGACGUGUUAUUACACCUUUAAUCUUAUAUGUAUUAAAUCCGCUAUUAAAAUUUUUAUGUGCAAUAAUUUUACAGUAAAUCACAGUAGAGCAAAUCGUCAUAUUUUAUCCUGCAAGAAUACACCAACCUCUAAAAACAAAGGUGCGAUAGUGCCUGUAGGUUAGUGCAGAUUUCAUAUUCCUGUACAAUGUUCGAGCAUUGAUUUGAGGCCUUUCGGAGUUUACAUAUAGAAAACAUCGGGUUUGAACAUCGGUUACGAAAUUUUCUCCAAAAACGUGUUUUUGGAGAAUGUUAAUUCCAUUUUUCUCGUAAACGUAAUAGAACAUUUUUACUUGCGAGUGUAACAUACAAAAAAUUAAAAAAAAAAACUGUUCUUGUCUUCUAAACUGUAAAAAUUAUACAGAUUUGUGUUAUCACAUUUGACUGAAUUCCAUUUCUAUCACGUGAUUGACAGAUUAAUUGCAAAUCUUAAAUAAUGAACCAAAAUCGCCGAAGUUUGUGAAAGUCCUUCUGCCACAAUGACAAUUAGUUCCUCGACGAUUUUCAUUGGCUUCCCGGUAUGCGAAGCUAACUCGAUUUAACCGCGCUUAUCAAACGCUUAGAUUAGAAGUUUGUUAUAUCGCAGGCGACGAUUGUCACACUUGCACCGAGAGAAAGUUGGCGCGCGCGCACGCGGGCUUUUUUUCACGCUCGAGGCUCCAAACUGUGCUCGAUUCUCUCGAUUGCUGGUUGUCGCGAUCGGUCAUCAAAGUGAAGGAAAAAAAAGAUGCUCGGUACUCAGUUAUGUGCGCGUGUUAUGAAAGUGAAAAUAAAAAAAAAUAGCGCUGAAUCCAAUUAUCGUAGAAAUUUCUCAUUUUAGAAUGAGUUUUCAUCUUUAUUCAUUACAAAUAUUGUUUCGGAUUAUAGACAAUUUGCGUUUGUUUGUAUUUAAAAAUAUAAAAUCGGUAUAUAACGCUUCGAUUGUGCGUAUCAGCGAGAUCGAGCACGACCGAUCGUGGCACGAAGAGAAUGACGGAAAAAGAAAGAGAGACGGAGAAAUAGAGAAAGAGAGCGGAAGGGAGAGGAGGGGGAAUCGGAGAAACCGGUAAUUUACGUUCACCGAGCGAUUGCCGCAACGUUGAACACCUGUAUGUAUACAAACUAUACAGUGAACUGAUCGCCGAGCUCAUUUUUCGAUUAGCCUGAAUUCGAACGUCCGGAUUUUAAUCAGGCAACAGCUCCGUUCGUUGAAUAUCCAAAGAGAAAUGAAUGAUAAAUAUCGUGAAUGUUUAUAGCGUUUCCCCAAUUAUAAUAAUUGCAAGUGAAAUUUGUACAUAAUUGAUUAAUUUCAUUCUGUACCUGAAACUCGUUGGUUCUAUGUCUUCUUGUGUCUUAGGCUAUAGUUUAACUUUUGUUAUGUACAUGUCCUCGUUGUAAAUAAAAAUCUAAUUAUCGAUUUAUAUGAUUUAUAUGUAUAUACAUUUAUAUAUAUAUAUUUAUAUAUAAUAGCUUCGUUGAGUGUGUUGAUGUGUAAUAUUUGCCAUUAGGGCGGCGAUCGCCCUUCGUCGAGACUCUUGAAUCUCCGUCGAGAGCCAGAAUACGGACUAGAGUCAACUUCCGCUUAUUUCGAAUCGAAACGAUAAUUUCCGCUCGUGUAACACACAACUCCCCUUCACUCUCGUUUCUUGUCGUAAUUGAUGAUAUGACAACGUAUAGAAAUAAAAAUAUAUUUUAACUCCCUAUAAAAUGUAAAUAAAAAAAAAUUAUUUCGAAAGAAGAUAUGAAAAAGAAAAAAAAUGUUUGACAGAAAAGACUUCUAAAACUUUGUAUGUGUCCUUUUUUUUAAAUAGUGAAGAAAUAACAAUACUUCUUGAUUUGGCAAAUAAGAUUAUACGUAUAUCUUGAUACAUAGGCUUGCCAAAAUUAUUUCGAAGAAAAGUGGCUGUAAUUUGGAAAAUAAUUUUGUACAUUCAUAAACUUCCAUCGAGACGUUUUGUGCUCGAAAAAGUUUGCCAUUUAUUUUUGUAUCUUGUUAUACGUAUAGUACAUGAACUGCAAUUUUCUUGCGUUAUAUGUAUAAAAUUGCGAACGUAAUGUGUAAUAAAAUAAAGAUUAUAUUGUAAAAAUAUUGCGGCAAAUAAUCAGUUCGAGAUAGAACGAUCGAGAGUUAACGGUAUUUCUUCAUUAAUUACUCAUGCAUAGAUUGUUUUCAUUGAAAGUGUUCUGGAAUUCUGUGUGAUGUUUCUAUGUGAUUGCAAAUUUUAAUUUGUUAUUGUUGACUCAAUUUUUCUUAAAUAUCGGUUAAAAAGAAAACAUUGACAAUUCAUAGUAAAAUUAGUUUAUAUUGCCAUUACAUUAUCAGCUUACGUUACAUUUAUUAAAAUUGUUACAUGUUAAUAUAUGUAACAUAUUCAACAUCAAAUACACCUAAUAUGUAAAUAUUUUCGUCAUAUUUCUGAUAGAAUUCCAGGAUACUGUCAGGAACCGAUCACGAAGUUGCCUGCAGUCGACAACCGUCUACGGGGUGAUUCAAAUGACUCCGUUGUGUAUUUUGUAAUAGAUUCGGUUAAACGGUGUCAUUUAUCAGUGCCACCCGGUAUGAAGGGUUGGUCGCCAAAGAGGUCUUCUAGUCCCUCGUCGGAUAAUUCCGAAAGGUUAUCCCCAUAUGUAUAACAACCCCUCGAUAUAUUCUGACUUUUUUAUUAGCCCCACAAAAUAUUUGUCAAACGGUACGAAAUUGCGUACCGUCCGCAGCGCAAUUACGCAGCGAAAGUUGCCCGUCUUUGUAUUUAUCUUUGUUGUAAUAAAAAGGGACGAAUAAUGGCCGUUACAUAAAA